GAGGCUUGGGCGCUGCGGCGGUAGGAGGAGGACGGGGAAGGACGGAGCUGAGCCGCCGCUGCCUCCCUCGCUCACUCCCUCGCGCGCUCGCCCGCCCCCUCCCUUCCUCCCCUCCCUUCCCCGGCCCGGGCCCCGGCUCCGGCCCAUUCGCUGCGCGGUCUUCUGCUAGGGAGGAUGUCGGCCUCGUCGCUCCCCAGCGCGCUGGCCCUUUCGCUCUUGCUGGUCUUUGGCUCGCUCCUCCCAGGGCCAGGUGCGGCUCAGAACGCUGGGUUUGUCAAGUCGCCCAUGUCAGAAACUAAGCUCACGGGGGACGCCUUUGAGCUGUACUGUGACGUGGUCGGGAGCCCCACGCCAGAGAUCCAGUGGUGGUACGCAGAAGUCAACCGGGCAGAGUCUUUCAGACAGCUGUGGGACGGUGCUCGGAAGCGCCGUGUCACCGUAAACACCGCCUACGGGUCAAACGGCGUGAGUGUGCUGAGAAUAACCCGGCUCACCUUGGAGGACUCUGGGACUUACGAGUGCAGGGCCAGCAACGACCCCAAGAGGAAUGACUUGAGGCAAAACCCUUCUAUAACAUGGAUUCGAGCCCAGGCCACCAUAAGCGUCCUUCAGAAGCCAAGAAUUGUCACGAGUGAAGAGGUCAUUAUUCGAGACAGCCUCCUCCCUGUCACCCUGCAGUGUAACCUCACCUCCAGCUCUCACACUCUUACACACAGCUACUGGACAAAGAAUGGAGUAGAACUGACUGCCACUCGUAAGAAUGCUAGCAAUAUGGAAUACAGGAUCAAUAAGCCAAGAGCUGAGGAUUCAGGCGAAUACCACUGUGUUUAUCAUUUUGUCAGCGCUCCUAAAGCAAAUGCCACCAUUGAAGUGAAAGCUGCUCCUGAUAUCACUGGCCAUAAACGGAGUGAGAACAAAAAUGAAGGGCAGGAUGCCAUGAUGUACUGCAAGUCAGUUGGCUACCCCCACCCAGAAUGGAUAUGGCGCAAGAAGGAGAAUGGUAUGCUCUUGGAUAUUGUCAAUACCUCUGGUCGCUUCUUUAUCAUCAACAAGGAGAAUUACACUGAAUUGAGUAUUAUGAACCUUCAGAUCACAGAAGACCCUGGCGAGUAUGAAUGUAAUGCUACCAACUCCAUUGGCUCUGCUUCCGUUUUCACCGUCCUCAGGGUACGGAGCCACCUUGCUCCACUUUGGCCUUUCUUGGGAAUUUUGGCUGAAAUCAUCAUCCUUGUGGUGAUCAUUGUUGUGUAUGAGAAGAGGAAGAGGCCAGAUGAAGUUCCUGAUGACGAUGAACCAGCUGGGCCAAUGAAAACCAACUCGACCAACAAUCACAAAGAUAAAAACUUACGCCAGAGAAAUACAAAUUAAGUACUGCUUAUAAUUUCUUUAGGGUCCUGAAACUGAUGGCAACAUGACCUGCUAAAUUUUCUGCUUGGACCUCUUUGGUCUCUCCCCUCAAGUGAGCAGCACCACAAUGAUCGUCUAAAGCAUGCCUUAUUUAGCCUCUCCUGUAAGGGUGACCUAGCCAGGUACAUUUUAAACAAUGCUUCAGUGUAGAAGGUGUAAACUAUUUUGGGCUUGAUGUGCUGUGAAUGUUGCUUUUCCCCCUUUGUUAAAAUAUUUAAAUAGAAGUGGAAAAGGUCCUCUGAGGAUCAGAUCAUGCAUGCGCCAUUUUUACUUCUGCAGCUGUUAAAUUGGCAAAGCUCUAAAAUGCACUGCUGCCAUCUAGUGAUACAUUUUUUAAAGUACAGCAAAACCUACAGAUAUAUACAGUAUAUAAAUAUAUAUAUAUAUAUUUAUAUUUUUUGGGGUGGGAGAAAUCCAAAAUAAAGUAACCGCUUGUUUCAUUUUUAAGCUGCUGAUACUCAUUCCUUAUUGUAUGUUGUCAGAUGAGGAAACUGCAGUUCUGGUACAUAAAGAUGAGUAAUUUAAACUGAAGUCUAUACUUUUAAGGGCUUAACCUCUAACUUUAAGAAGUUGGAACAGUCCAUUGAAUGGAUAUAAUGAAUUGCAGUAUAUAUGUAUGAUUGCUUUUUAAGUGACUUUUUUCUUUUGUUAAAUCAUGUAAAUUCUGAAAUCUUUUGCACUGAUGUGUUGAACCUUAUUCUUGUACAUUCAAUCAAGGCAAACUUUUAUAAUUUCCCUUUUGUUUUCAAUGACCUGAAAUGUUAAUAGCAUGGUGAUACUCUAUGCAACUCUAUUUACACCUUUUGGUUUGACA